AUGAGCAACGCAGACAUAUCUUCCUUCGACCGGGCCAAUGAGGCCGUGACCUUCCUCCGAAGUACUCUCCCAGAGGGACUGCAGGCGCCCAAAGUGGCGAUUGUAUGCGGUUCGGGACUGGGAGGACUGGCUGCUACCGUCCAGAAGGAAGGGCGGGCGGAAUAUGACUAUGCGUCCAUCCCGCAUUUCCCUCGUCCGACGGGAGAAAUGGGGAUAGUUGCCGGACAUGCUGGAAAGCUGGUCUUUGGCUUGCUGGGCCAAAGGAUUCCCGCAGUGUUGAUGGUUGGUCGUGCGCACUUCUACGAGGGCCAUGAGAUGGAUAAAGUCACCUUUCCCAUUCGAGUGUUCAAGCAGUUGGGGGUUGACACAGUUGUGUUGACCAACGCGGCCGGUGGCUUGAAUUCGGAGUACAACGUGGGCGAUAUUGUCCUGCUCAACGAUCACAUUUUCAUGGCCGGUCUGGCGGGUGUGCAUCCGCUGCGUGGACCCAACGAUGAACAAUUUGGCGUUCGAUUCCCUCCCCUUUCCGAUGCAUAUGACCUGGAACUUCGUCGUCAGGUUCAUCAAGCAUGGAAGGACAUCAUUCCGGCCGAGAGUACGAGAAAGCUGCACGAAGGUGUCUAUGCCUUCGUCAGCGGACCAACGUACGAGACCAGAGCCGAAAGCCGCAUGCUGCGUAUGCUCGGCGCCGACGUGGUCGGUAUGUCUACCGUUCCUGAGAUCGUCGUGGCACGUCACUGUGGGCUGCGAGUCUUGGCAUUCAGCCUGGUCACCAACAACGCGGUCCUGGCACCCGUGACUCGUGGCGAUGAGCAGUUGCUCGAGGGCAAGGAUGCCAAUCAGCUCAACGCGCUCAUCGAAGAGGGCAAGGCUGGCCACGAGGAAGUGUUGGAGGCGGGACGCAACGCGGCAUUGGACAUGCAGAAACUGGUUUUGCAAAGCCUGGUGAAGGUCUUCGGAACAGCGUAG